AUGGCGACACCGUUGCAGAGAGAUCGGAGAGUGUUUCUCGGUGAGCAAAGGGAUUACUGGCGUAGUGUGGCCGAAACCGAUGGUUUCGAUAUCGAUGAUCUUGAAGUACCAAGUACAGGUGGACUGUGGUCUCACAACUGUCAGCACCCACGGUUUAGGCUUAUCGAUUGCGUGCCUAAGCUUUAUGCUGCGGUGGGGUUUCAUCGUUACAAUAUGCUCAAGGGGACAAACUUCCAGUACCAUCAGUUACUGAAAUACAACGAGACAAUGGGCUGUGUACAAUCUUUAUACUUAACUCUGGUUGCAAUAGAUCCUUCUACCAAAUUGCAGAAAACCUUUCAGGUUCGUGUUGAUGAAAAAAGUUUUGGAAAAUUGGAUUUGACUUGCUCUGUCGCUAGAAUUAAAGAUGAAGAAGAAGAAGAAGUGACCACACAUAAGCGUUUCAUACCUCACUUUCACGGUGAAGCAGCCGCGGAUGAUUUCUACCAAGGUGCAUUGCCAGAUUGGCCUUCAGUUGUUGAUUUGAAUAAUCAAAAACGAUUUUACCUUGUGAAUGAAUCAGACUUGCUAGCCAAUGAUUGGAUUCGUUUGUAUUUGGAACUUGCAGUUAGUGUCAAAUUUGGGUCGAUUAGAGAGAGGGAUCUUUCCAAGUUGCAUAUUCUGAAAGUGGCGAUAGAGUCUAAGGAAGAAGAUAUACAGCCACCAAAUGGGAGACUCCAGGCCAAAAGUGUAGUUGUCUACAUAACAUUUAAGGGGUUGGCCAAGGCUCCGAUUGGUGAUGAGAUUGGCGAACAUGUUGAACGCAAUGCCAUAGUUAGAAGAGUCCUCGAUGAGCGUUCAGGAUACUUGACUCUCCUGGGUGGGUUUUCGAUUGGAGAAAAAGCUUUAAAUACUGACCAACCUGUGGGUGGAGAAGAAGCUUUGGACAAUGAGCAGAGUUCUGAAAAGAGACCUCGCUUAGACUUAACUUAG